AUGGUGCUUCCACUGGUUGCACCACGCCCUGUCUGCACCGUGCCGAUGAGCCGCGCUGCCCUGGCGCCAGUCUACGCGAUGGAGCGGCAGCUCGCGAGGACGCACCGCGGCGACAACCUCAUCUUUCACAAGGCCUGCUUUCGGUGCGAGGACUGCGGCACGCUGCUGCGGCCAGACAGCUGGGAGGUGCACGGGGACGCGGCGGCGCUCGAUGCUGGACGCGGCGCCCUGUUGUGA